AGUAGUGGUACAUAGGACGUUAAUCAUCCCAUGCAGAAUUCUCUACUUUGAAUAUUCUGUCUUGCAAAGGCUUGUUUGAUGAACAGGAGUACCUGAAACAACGUGGAAAAUGCCGUCUACUUUAGCCACAAAGACGACCCAUACACACAAAACCUCAGUAAAUGGAUCACAGUCUACUGAUAUUCCUGUGAAGCGGCUGGAGAAAGUAGACAGGAUGGUGCGGAAAAUCAGCGUGAACAGCCAGAGCCCCGGGUCCCUUUCACCGGCCAGGAGACAGAACAAGGAGAAAGAAAUCAAGGAGACCAAAAUCACAAUCAACUUCGUCACGUUCCCAUUGGCACAGUCUACGCCUGAGCAGCAACUCCUCAAACCCAAUGAGUGGAGCUACUGCGAUUAUUUCUGGGCCGAUAAGAAGGACCCUCAGGGGACGACCACGGUAUCGGGCUUCGAGUUUCUGCUGCAGAAACAGCUGAAGGGCAAACAGACGCAGAAAGAGAUGGCUGAAUUCAUUCGGGAAAGAAUAAAGAUUGAAGAAGAGUACGCCAAGAACCUCUCCAAGCUUUCCCAGAUCCCACUUGCUGCUCAAGAAGAGGGGACACUUGGAGAGGCUUGGAGCCAGCUAAAGAGGAGUUUGGCUGAUGAAGCAGAGGUCCAUCUUAAAUUCUCUUCAAAGCUUCAGUGCGAGGUGGAGAAGCCACUGCUGAUGUUCAGAGGGGACAACUUCAAGAAGGACAUGAAGAAAUAUGACCACCACAUUGCUGACCUGAGGAAACAGUUGGUCAGUCGUUACGCUGCUGUAGAGAAGGCCCGUAAAGCUCUGGCAGAUAGGCAAAAGGACCUGGAAGUGAAGACGCAGCAACUGGAGAUCAAACUGAGCAACAAGACUGAAGAGGACAUCAAGAAGGCCCGACGGAAAUCCACUCAAGCAGGUGAUGACCUGAUGCGCUGUGUGGAUCUCUACAAUCAAGCCCAAUCUAAGUGGUUCGAAGAGAUGGUCACUACAAGUUUGGAGUUGGAAAGGCUUGAAGUGGAGAGAGUGGAGAUGAUACAGCAGCACCUGCUCCAGUACACAACUCUACGCCGUGAGACAGACAUGUUCAACCAAAGUACCCUGGAGCCAGUGGACCAGCUCCUCCGGAAUGUGGAUCCAGCCAAAGACAGAGAGCUGUGGGUGCGGGAACACAAGACAGGAGAUCUGAGACCUGUGGACAUGGACAUUUAAAGGACACUAACCUUAUAACAGAAGACAACUGCACACACACACACAUACACACAUUACACACGUCACCCAAACUACAUAAGUCUGCCUGUCUGUCUGUACAACACUUCAACUUCUCGGCCAAAGCCAUAAGCAUUGUCCCACUCAAGCCAGCAUUUGUAUUCUUCAAUAUCUUUCAAUGAACAUACAAAAUACAAAGUUACAAAGAGUGGUGAUAUCAUUGAUAUCAAACAGUUUACAGGCAGAGUGCAUUACUCUACUCAGCACUUUGUUUUGCAUGAAUAAAAAUCCACCAGCCUUAUCGAUCUUCAGCUCACACAGAUCUCAUUAUUUUACUGCAUCAACAUGUUGCAUAUACACAAUGCAAGCAGUGAAAUCUUUUCAAAUAAAUGUUACAGUUAACUACGUUCAGGCAACAUUCAUGUUGCUAAUCGAAAGAAGCACAUACAAAUGCCGAAAUAUCAUAACAUUAUGGGCGCAUGCAUAAAUCAGACCAUUAUUUCUGUAAAAUAAUAGUUUUAAAAAAGUAACUCAAUUGUUUAUCGUGUUCAAAAAUGCUUUCUACAGGAAAAAUCGGCUGCAGUUUGAAAAUGGCAGCAGUCUUAACGUAAGUAACCAGCAUGAUCCCAUUUGUAGAAUUUGUGCAGGAUAAUAUUCUAUUAUAGUGUCAUUGUAUAGUUAUGUUGUUACAUCUUCAAUGUAGUAUAAAAAAUGCAGAAUUUAUUGCAAUGAGAAAUACAAUGGGAUUUUGAUUAUAGUCAUACCCAACCCAAAUCUACCACAUGAACAACAAAAGCCUUGAUGAAGAAAAAAAAAGCCUGAAUAAAAUGCAUUAUCUAAGUAUGGAUAUUUUUAAAAAUUAUUUUUGCAGGCUUGUUUUGCAAAAAGCACGUAGUUCUCAAAACAAUGUGGUGAUGAAUAGUGCUACUUCAUCUACGGAAUAAUAUUUGUGUAAAAAGAAAAUUUCAGCCCAUUGAAUGUGUUCAUAGAGCAUGUGUUGGCAAAAUACUGCAUUUGUAAAUCCAAUCAUGUAACUUUUCCUCAAGCAAAGCCAAGAAACCUCUUUAUGCAGAACAUAAUCAGCUCCGUGCAACAUCAUAAUCUCAUUCUGUGUUCAUUUCAAGUUUAGUCACAAAAGUUACUUGAGCUGGUAUUAAGGAUAAACUUUAGAGGGGAGCGUAGAAAUUGCUUUAAUUUAAAUGAAGAAAAAGAAGCCUUUGUUUGUCACACACACACACACA